GGGGCGCCGGGAAGACUUCCCUGUAGCAGGGCCAGUGUGGGGCGCGGCUGCAGGCCCGGCCCGGCCACGGGGCAUCGCCGGGGCCCUGGGGAGCCGAGUCCCUGCUUUCCGGGCCGGGGUGCGCCCCUCCGUGCGUCCUAAAGCCGGCCCGACUGCAAGGGGUGCUCCCUGACCAGGAGACACCGGCUCAGAGCCUGACAGCCCCCAGCGAGGGGGGCUGACUUACCGAGGCACUCUCAGCCUCUGCAAGUGCCCAGGCUCAAAAGCUGUGCCCAGCAAUGCGCUGCCACAGACUGGCCCUGGGCCUAGGAUUCUGCCUGCUGUCGGGCACUGCCCUCUGCUUGCUAUGGAAGUAUUUUGAGAACUGGCUGCUGGUCUCCUAUGUCCCCUAUUAUCUCCCCUGCCCGGAGAUCUUCAACAUGAAACUGCAGUACAAGGGGGAGAAGCCAUUCCAGCCUGUGACACAGUCAUUGUACCCUCAGCCCAAGCUUCUGGAACAAAGGCCUACUGAGCUGCUGACCCUCACACCCUGGUUGGCACCCAUUGUCUCGGAGGGAACCUUCAACCCUGAGCUUCUGCAACGCAUCUACGAACCUCUGAACCUGACCAUCGGGCUCACGGUGUUUGCCAUCGGCAAGUACACCCGCUUCGUCCAGCACUUCCUGGAGUCAGCCGAGCAGUUCUUCAUGCGGGGUUACCGGGUGCACUACUACAUCUUCACCAACGAGCCCGCAGCCAUCCCUCGGGUCCGGCUGGGCCCCCGCCGCCUCCUCAGCGUCAUCCCCAUCCAGAGACACUCCCGCUGGGAGGAGAUCUCCAUGCGCCGGAUGGAGACAAUCAGCCGGCACAUCGCGGAGAGGGCGCACCGGGAGGUGGACUACAUUUUCUGCCUCGAUGUGGACAUGGUGUUCCGGAACCCAUGGGGCCCUGAGACCCUGGGGGACCUGGUGGCCGCCAUUCACCCGGGCUACUAUGCUGUGCCCCGCCAGCAGUUUCCCUACGAGCGCAGGCACACUUCCACCGCCUUUGUGGCAGACGAUGAGGGGGACUUCUAUUAUGGUGGGGCAGUCUUUGGGGGGCGGGUGGCCAGGGUGUACGAGUUUACUACAGGCUGCCACAUGGCCAUCCUGGCAGACAAGGCCAAUGGCAUCAUGGCCGCCUGGCAGGAGGAGAGCCACCUGAACCGACGCUUCAUCUCCUACAAGCCCUCCAGGGUGCUGUCCCCGGAGUACCUCUGGGAUGACAGGAAGCCCCAGCCACCGAGCCUGAAGCUGAUCCGCUUUUCCACGCUGGACAAGGACACCAGCUGGCUAAGGAGCUGACAGCAGAGCCAGGGCUGCCGUGGGUGGGGACCCAAGCCCCACAGCCAGCUUGCCCCUGCGGAGCACCCCGCUCACCCUAGCGGAGCACCCUGCUUGUCCCCAGGGGGGCACCCCUCUUGCCCUGGCGGAGCACCCUGCUUGUCCCUGGGGGAGCACCCCUCUUGUCCUGGGGGAGCACCCUGCUCAUCCCUCGGGGAGCACCCCUCUUGCCCUAGCGGAGUAACCCUGCUCAUCCCCGGGGGGAGCACCCCUCUCAUUGCUGGCGGGCACCCAGCUCGUCCCAGCAGAGCCCUGUAUCAGUGGCUCCGCUUCUCAGGCCUCAGGUGAGACCCGUCCAGUCCUGCCUACCUCAGUCUACUAGAACUCACCUGGAAAAUGGAUGUGGAAGGGCCUUUGUAAACUGUAAAGGGCUGCGCGGAUAGGAGCAGAACACAAAGCUCACACAGCAGUGUGGCCCAAGGGGAAGGGGUGGAGGAGACAGGGCUACAGGCCUCGCCUAACAGAGGUGCCCUGGGGCAGGCUUCGGUGUCAGGCCUUCUCAGUGCCUGAGACCCCACCUCUGCCCCCUUCUGUUGCCUAUUUGCCUUUAAGGUGGCACUUCUACGAACCCAAUGUGAAAGGCACCCAGACACCUCUUCUCAGGCUGCAGGGGCCCCGGGUGCUGGGACGUCCCCCCAGCCCCACAGAGCCAACCCCUCGCUUUGCCCUGGAGUGAACCCUUGCAACAGAACAGGCCUGGCUCUCUCUGGUGUCAAGUCUGGCCUGUGCCCCGUGGUGGACCACAGUGCCUGGCACCAGCCACCGCCUCCUUUGUAAGAGGGUUUGGGCAGUUUUUAAUAAACGUGGCACGCGCCAAGCCUUCA